GGGCUGAUCUAACAUAAGGUGGUACCGCCUGGUUGUACGUUUGACGUCAUGGAGAUACAUUCGAACUGUCAACCUGUCCAACAGACAACACUAUAUAAAAGUGUAGCUAGCUACACGACAGGUGUGUUUACCGCGUAGGUUACAAGGUGGCGAGCCGAGAAUUUCACCAGAAGUUGUGGUUGUAAUUUUUGGAUUACCAUGCGCGUAGAGGAGUUAAUUCAUUGAGAUGUACAUGAGUUACCUGCUGGAUAAAGAAACCGGAAUGUACUCAAAUUCCAUGAGACACCCGACUCAAACUCUGAACAGUCAGAACUUCAUGCAAUAUGCGGGGUUCACCAGUUAUCAUCACGUCACGGGCAUCAGUGACCCUCAUGCCCAGAAGACAAGUCUGUGGAACCCCGUUUACGAAGCCCCGCGAGAGCUGUGGUCACCUUAUGGCCACAGCGCGGGCUUCCCCGGUUCGAGCCCCGUCAUGGAACAGAUACGGUUCAGUUCUCCCGAACUGACUACCAUCCCGCCUGCGGGGCCGGGAACUCUCCCAUCACUCGACUCACCUACCGGGCAGUACUCUCCAGACUCACAGAGAAGAAACUCGUACACUGGCAUUAGACGCAAUGUACAUUCAUCCAGUACAGGAGGGAAGACGCGCACCAAGGACAAGUACAGGGUGGUGUACACAGACCAGCAACGCCUAGAGCUGGAGAAGGAGUUCCAGUCCAGUAUAUACAUCACCAUCAGGAGGAAGACAGAGCUGGCCCUGGGCCUCACCCUCUCAGAGAGACAGGUGAAGAUCUGGUUCCAGAACAGGAGAGCCAAGGAGAGGAAGAUAACCAAGAAGAAGAUCCAGCUGUCCCAGCAGGCUUCUACGACCACUCCCACCCUGACCCCGCCCAGCCUGGUUGACCCCAGUAACGGUUCCAUGGCAACCAGCUCCAGCAGCAGCUUGUUGUCAGAGACUAUCAAAGAGGAGUACUGAGGAGUUCCUUUACCGUAGACCUACUGUACAACACUGGAAUAACCAUAUCAAACUGGAAUUCUCAUGACAAUCACUACAGAAGAUGUAAUUGACCUCAAUGAUAUGAUGAUGAAAAUACUAUUUCAUGCAUCUUGCACUACACACCUCUAAUAUAAUACUACUUUUUGUGUUUGAUAUAGGCCUAACUCAAUGAAAGAAAGAGAGAGAGAAGCACAUGUUACACUAUGCAAAUGUAUAAAGACACUAACUGCUUUUGUGUUGAUACUGUAUUUUCUUAACCCAAUUAAUUUGUAACUGCAAAAUAAUGGUAAUGUUUUGAUCUGAAGCACGUUUUGUUUUUUUCAUAUAUUUUGUAUGAAAAGUUUGAUUGGUUUUGAGGAGCUGUGAAGGGAAAUUAAAUUGAAGAGAUGUUGAGAGAAUGUGUAUUUACUUUAAUAUUAAAUCAAUGAGGAUAGUGGAGCAUGAUUCCACCAGUCCUUUUGUUUGGGCAGUGAAAGUCUGUUAGGCCUUUUAUUGCUUGUAUGUGCAUGUUUGUCAAUAGAGCUCGCCAGCUUGUGGUCCUAAAAAACAGACAUGAGAUACCUCUGGUUAGUUCAGCCAUUCCUAUGGGGAAAAGGAAUGGGGAAAGAAUGGGGUUUUGGGGAUAAACACCGAAA